AAGCACAGUUAAUAGCCUCGCUAAUUUUAUAAACGACAACAAAAUGUUUCUAGAAAAUAUUUCCAGCAUUUUGCUCGCAUUCGCAGUGCUCGCCUCAUCCGCACAGGCUACUACUUUAACCGCAAAAUCGUAUGUCGUUACUGUACAAGGAUCCGAUGGAAACGUUAUCUGCAAUGGUGCUUUGAUCAAUAAGAAUACAGUUGUGACUGCAGCAACUUGUUUGGCUUUCUACGAUCCCGACCAAUUGGUGGUUGGAGUCGAGGGUCAAAUCGUCAAAAUUAAAUCGCACACUUUUGAUUCUAGCUUCGAUUUCGUAACAAUGGAAAAUGAUGUAGCUGUUCUGAAGUUGGCCCAAUCAGUUAAAACAAAAUUCCUGAAAUUAGCCAGCAAACAACGAAAGACUGGUACAAGUGCUGUUGUAUCAGGCGUGAAUGGCACUAUUCCAGUGAGCAUCGUAAGUACGAGUGAUUGUGCUUCUGGCGACUAUUCAUGGAGUGAAGACGAGAUUUUCACUUCAAUGUUGUGCGGUUAUGCCAAGGAUAAUACAACUUGUGUGGGUCGUAAUGGAAGUCCCGUGGUAGAGGGCUAUAAACUGGUUGGUUUAGUUUCCUGGGGUGGUUGUGGCAGCAAGAGCAAACCAGCCGUUUUCACCAACAUUGCAGCACUCGCUUCGUGGAUUAAACAAAAUGAAUAGAAUUUUGUAAUAAAUACAAUAAAACUUUUAAAUGCAUAUUAAAAAUGGAAAAAUAUUAUAACUCGUCUAAUCCUCGAAAA